GCCACGCAGGUCCUUAUCACUCGUUCUCCGCGCCAAUCCAUCGUCUGGCGCGCCAUGUCGACGUUCCGAGAUACGAGCUUCUCCAAGUACUACCUCGCCCAGCACGUGUUUCGCGACGACGAGCUCGACGCCGUGAUCGACACACUUCGGAAACCACUUCCAUCGUGCUUUCGCAUCAACCCGAAUGCUCCCAACCGCGCCAGUAUCCAGGAUGCGUUGCGAACGCAGUUUCAAUUUCACACCGGAUCGAUCGAGUUCCGAGACCAGCUCGUGACUCCACCCCAAGAAUUGCCUUGGUUCCCUGCAGCUAGUGGCAGUGCAUGGCAAAUCGAAUGCGGCAAAGCUGUCAUUUCGAAGCUUGGUCGACAAAACGAGCUGUUUGGGGAGUUGCAUAGAUUUCUCAUGCUACACACUGCCAGCGGCGCCAUCACGCGCCAGGAAGCUGUCAGCAUGAUCCCCACGCUUUUUCUCGAUGUCCAACCCGGCCAGCGCGUCCUUGACAUGUGUGCAGCCCCAGGCUCGAAAACGUCGCAAAUCCUGGAGACUUUGACGUCUUCAUCGGAUCAACGUGACGGCUUCGUCGUUGCCAACGACGCGAGCGAGAAGCGCGGGUUUCUGUUGGUGCAUCAACUGCUUCGACUUGGACUUCUGUCUGCCGUGGUGACGUGCCACCAAGGCCAAGACUUUCCUGGCUUGUACGACCCCAUCAGUCGGCAACUCCAAACGACGGACGCAUUCGAUCGUGUCCUGUGCGACGUUCCUUGCACGGGCGACGGUACUUUGCGCAAGAACGAAAACAUUUGGCGUCACUGGCACGUCGGCGACGGGCUCACGUUGCAUCCGUUUCAGCUCAACAUUGCGUUGCGCGGCGCGGCGCUGCUCAAAGUCGGCGGCACGAUGGUCUAUUCGACAUGCUCGUUCAACCCGAUCGAAAAUGAAGCCGUGGUGGCCGAGCUCAUUCGAAGGAGCGACGGCGCCCUUCGCCUGGUCGAAGUGGCGCUCCCUGGACUAAAGCACCGUCCUGGCCUGGCAUCGUGGCAAGUGGGCUGGCAGUCCAAAACAAAGGCCAAGAAACAGCGCCAUCUGUCAAGCGCCGAGCCCACGAAAGAUGAGUUGAUCGCUUGGUACACCUCGUUUUCCGAGGACAUUCCAGCCGACUUGCGCGGCUACCGCUUGACGCGGUCAAUGUUCCCGCCGGACGACAACAGCAGUGUCCACCUCGAACGCUGCAUGCGAUUCCUCCCGCACGAUCAAAACACGGGCGGAUUCUUUGUCGCUGUACUACAAAAGGUGGCGCCGCUCCCAGGCAUCGACCAGCAAGGCUUACCGGCCUUUGAAGUGAACUCUGCGCUCGGGCCAAAAUGUUACAGAUACGUGUGCCGGCUGUGCAACCAAACGGGCCACUACAUUCAAGACUGCGCUCUGUCUAAAAAGUCGUUGGAAAAGGCAGCCGCCGCCGAGAGUGCUGCAGCUUCAGUUGGCACACCCAUCACAGUACCUUCCCUUGGAAACAGUUCGUCCGUUUCCAAGCAUUCUCACGCUGUGUCUGGUCAGGAGCCGUUGGAAUUGGUCGAGAGCGUUAUCACUGACGUCACUCCGAUCGACGAUACGGCUGCAGGAUCUCUGGCGCCCCUUCCGCCGUCGGUAUGGGCCACCCUCCAAGACUUUUAUGGCUUGCCAACCUCGUUUCCCACGUCGCAACUGUUUGCUCGAUCCCAUGGCACGGGCAUUGUCACGUACGUAUCGUCGAGUGUCCAGGCGGCGUGCUUGGCUGGACCGGAUCUGAAGGUCAUCAACACGGGGGUCAAACUCUUUAUGAAGUUUUCAACGAGUCACUUCAAAGGGUACCGCCCUGCACAAGACGGACUGGAGCUGCUCAUUCCAUUCCUCGGGAAACGCAAAGUGUCUUUGGGGUGGUCGGCGUUUCACGAGCUCGUGGCCAUCACGACCACGAAAUUCUUGGACGACUUGGACACCGCCACGAAGCGACUGUUUGACGGGAUGGAAGUUGGCCCUGCCGUCGUGGUGCUGCAACGACAAGCAGCAUCGAGUAACGACGUGGCACCUAUUGGUCUGGCCAUUUGGGUCGGGCACACGAGCCUUUCCAAGCUCGUUACGACAUCCGACUUGACCAUCUUGGCCGACCACCUCCGUUCCGUCGAUGUGUCUGCGUACGAACCGUAG